AUGUUCCGUGGAAUCCGCACGACACUAAAUACGUUGGGGCGAGACAACUUCACAAAGACACAUGCGCCGGCAGUUCGCAGCAAAGGUCGACUUUUGCCACCAACAGAUGGGCCGUUCGAGCACGAGAAACAGAUCAAAGAGCUGAAAGAGCACAUCGAAUUUGUUUCUGAGGCUGCUGAUCGUGAAGAGAACGUGCACAGCGUUGAGAUCUUGCAGGAGAUGUACUCAAAUCGUUACGGGGGCAAAGAUGGGGAGUACCACGUAGUUUUCGGAUGGCUUUACCGCAUGAGCGAAGACUUUCUCGACCGACUCCAGCGACGCGAUCCACUGCCGCUCAUCAUCUACGCGCACUUUGUUGUCCUCAUGCAUGACUUGGAAAGAUUCUGGUAUAUGAAGGGGUGGACACAUCAUGUUAUGAGUGGGAUCUAUGAAGCGCUACCCACGGAGCAUAAGCCAUAUAUACGCUGGCCCAUGGCCAGUGUUGGAUGGAUAUCACCUUGA